AUGUACUUUUUAUCCUUUGUAUCAAAAGGCCUUGUUUCGGUACCUAUCUUGGCAAUGAUGGCCACACAAGUGCUCCUUAUACGUAGCGUUUCGUCUUUGAACAUGACGAAUUCGUAUCUUAACCACAAAUGCUUGGUCAGUCAAGGAAAAUACAAGCCGGGAAGUGUGCAUGAGAAAAACCUCGAAGCUAUUAUCCAUUCCAUCUCGGUCGGUGAAAAUGUUAUUAGCGGCUAUGACAUGAUGUCCUUUGGGGAAGGUCAAGAUCUGGUCUGCGUCAUUCUCCAAUGUCGUGGUGACUCCUACGGGUCCAAGUGCCGCUCCUGCUUUGCCUCAGCCAUGGCCGGGCUUCGUAGGAGAUGUCCGAGAGAUAAAGGGGGAAUAAUAUGGUUCGACCAAUGUCUUAUCGAGAUUUCUUCGACAGAUACUGUAGGACAGCUCAAUUACGAUGACAGUUUAUGUAUGUCUAACGCGAAGAACGCGGGAGAUGAUCCGUUUUCUUUCAUAAUGAAGUGGGAUACUCUCUUCGACAACUUGACAACUAUAGCCAUCACUGAGAAAAACAAAAACUUAAAAGAGGCCACCAAGCCGGCGCUGUACGGGGCUGGGGAGAAGAGGCUCGGGAGGAAGAGAAAGAUGUACGGAAUGGUUCAAUGUACGGAUGACUUAUCUAUCAAGGCUUGUAACGAGUGUCUGGUGCAUAGUAUCUUGCAGUUUCAAAAUUGCUGGAAAAGUGGUAAACGAGGAGCGAGAGUUUUGGGUAGAAGCUGUAACUUUAGGUAUGAGCUUUACCCUUUUGUUAACGCCAAGACUGGUCCUAAUUCUUAUUUGAAGAGUUAA